AUAGAACAAUACAAACGACAAACCUAUUCUUGACGUCUCAACUUCUUUGUAUGAUAACUUGGACUAAGACAUCGUCUCUACACAUGGUCCACUCGACUAUACGCACAACGAAGUUACUGCUUUUUUAAAAAGCCUUCUAUAUUAUACGCUGUGGGAUCUAGCGAGCGUUCUGUAUCGGAUUCGCAAAUAUGUCGAGAUCACCGCAUACCCCCAGCCAUUCUCGGCGAGGCUCUGCGAUCGAUACCUCCUUUCAAAACUCAAGUCCCAAUAUGUCCCCUCGCAGCCGACGCCAUUCGAAGUCUUCCUUCCAAGACCCUUUAACACCCUUACGCAGCAGUAUGAACGAAUCCGAGCUUAAUGAACUCAGCGGUGGUGGUAUGGGCCAGGAUAACGGUCUUGGAAAUUUAGCGGACGAGUUGGCCGACGCUUUGUCGGGAUCUGGCGAGGAGGAAUAUUACGAAGACGGGGAAGAACGGUCGCAACUCGGGGAUCUAGAUCAGGCGGCGAAUGAUGGAAUUAGAGAUAGUGGGGUUGAUGUAGAAAGCCAGCCGGACCACCGAGAAAAGACGAGGAACACGAGUCUGGGUAUACCUUCCCCCCCUGGGCGCGGUCACAGACGGACCGGAAGCGCAUACGAUGGGAGCGAAUAUGGUUCCGAAUCUGAUCUAGAAUCGCCCGGCAUGCCGCCGAGUCUAGUUGCAAGGAUGGACGCCGUAGAAUCUCUGGCCCGAAGGGGUACCGAAAACAAUGGCAGUCCUAGUGAUGGCGUAUUUCGGCGAUUGACAGAUGGGCUGAGAGACCUCGGGUCCCAGUCGGGCGUGGAGGGCAGCACAACAAGGUUAAUAACGGCUCACUCGGCCUUGGCAACACAUCUUGCGCAUCAAACGCGACAAAUCCAUAACCUCACCUUCCCUCUAUUAUCACCACUAGUCCAACCCCCAGACCCCGAGACCAUCGAUUCCCUCCUACCGCUACUCACCUCCGUCUCGGAAGAAAUGCCGCGGCCCGCGACCUCCGCGUUAAACUCUCUGAGCGCGCUGCAUUCCGUAACGUCUGACCUCGUGCAAACCCUGAACUACCUCUCUGAUACCCUGCACAUGUCACGACAGACCACGACCACUGCUACGAGGCGGUUAAGGACGGCUAAGGAGAUGGUAGCGGAGAUGAAACGCGAAGAGGAGCUCAAGGAGGAAGGAGAGAGGUGGCUUACGAAAGGGAACUGGGGCGAGAGGCUACAAAAGCGCGAGUGCGCGAUUGUAUGUAGGGAAGUCGUUGGGGGUUUCGAGGAAGUAUGUGAUGGUUGGAGAGCGCGUCUAUUAGCCCAGGCGGAAUCAGCAUAGAAACGACUUUUUAAGGAUACGGCCACGUUCGUAAUGAAGCCAGCCAGCCAGCAUAUUU